GGAUCUUCACACGAUGUUGUGAAAAAGAUUUGCGGAAAAGGUGAAACUAGCUGUCCGAUUCAGCGCGCCCCUCUCGCUGGGGGUCCCGCAUGCGGAAACGUCUCGUUCUUGGCUGAAAUUUCGAUGAGGUCGGAGGCCCAUCAUUGCUGGGUUUCUUCCCAAAUCCGGUUUUCGUCGCAUCUUCCAGUCGGAUUCGGACCGAACCCUUUUCUGCUCCUCCUGGGAUUCUGAGCCGCGUGUGGAUUUGGGAAUCGGAUCGGGGCGCGCGACUUUGAUUCUGCUUCGCGAUCGUCAUCGAAGCAGAGUCGGGUGUGCGCGUGCGGGAGGGCGAAGAUGAUGCUGCAUUUUCCGGACCCGGCGAAGCUCAAAACCAGGAAGAUUGUGUUUGAGGAGGUUUUUGCGGCUCUUGACUGUGGCACAUUGGAGCAACUGAAAGAGUUAAGCUCUAAACGACGAGCCAUCGAGGAAACUAUAAAUGCUACAAGCUCAAUUACCGAGGCCAUUGCGAGGGAGAUGUCUGGGGGGCUUACCUCUCAGAAUGAACAGGAUCUCCAAAAGUUGAAACGGUAUCUACCCUUGCUGGAGAACUUAGUUUUCCAUGUUGACAUGGCUAGCAGCAACACCCAGAUGGUUCGUUGGAUUUCAAACCUUAGAAUUCAGUGGGCGGGUGCUCUUACCGGCACAUUACCCUUCCUGAAUCUCAUGGGUCCAAAGUACUUCCAAGUGAAUGACAUUCGGUUUGAGCUCGGAAUGAACCUCUUCCUUUAUGCUGCAAUUCUUCGUGAGAGGGCAUUAGAAGUAAUGCCUGAAGAUCUGGUGCUGUCUGCUACCCUCUUCAGAGAAGCUGCUGGAGUUUACCAUCACGUCUCUCAUGAUGUUCUGUCUUCAUUACAAUCUGCAAACUCUGUCCAGAGGCCACCCGAAGCUACAUCAUCUGUUGCCACUGUUAUGAGCCUGAUUUGUUUGGCUGAAGCCCAGAUUGUAACUAUAAUGAAGGCUGAAGAGAAAAGAACUACUGCAGGUCUUUUGGGUAAGUUGCAUUAUGGCGUUUCAGAGUUUCUUGAUGAAGCCACAUGUUUGCUACAUCCAAGAACUAGUGAACUCAAAGAUAUUUCGGCUCGUCUUUUGGAAUACAUCUCAUCUUGCAAAGCUUUGCAUGAGCUAAGAAGCCAAAAAUACCUCGUGGAAGAGCUGAGGACGGCUGGCCAAGUCGGGGUUGCCAUCGGAGUUCUCUGUGAAGCCUUGAUCAAUGCGAAAAAGAGAAUUCCUGGGGAAGAGUCAUGGAGGGACAUCAUCAAGAAAGAAAUCGAUGACGCUGCCGAAGCUCUGAGGAAGUUAGAGAAUGAGAAUGAGUUUGUCUGGCAUGAGAAGAUUGCUUCGGGCGAUGAGUUGCCGUUGCCUCAGGGUAGCCGAAUCGUAAAGAUCAUACCUUACCAUCCCACCAGAUGCGAGACACCUCUCAUUUUCAAGCUGUAGAGUACAGAGACGACCGUGUAGGAUUCUUGUAUAUAUACACGUCCUUUGGGAGAAAAAGAUGAUUUUAAUGUGCAGAACGAUGGGAAUUGAAAUUUUGUGGGUCACAUCGUCCAUGAUCUUUCAGUUCUUUUUCAAUGGCCAGAUGUCCUAGGGAGCAUAUAGUCUGAGCUGUGCAUUCCCUACUUGUAAGAAUUCGAAUCGCGUCCACUAAUAGGGCGAUUGAUUGUUCAGCCUUGGUUACAGAUGAUCAGUUUCUUCUC